AUGAGGAGGCUGGUUCAGUUCUGUGCCUGUAUGUUGCUGCUCCACCAAGUUGGAGCAGAUUUGUACUUGCAUAUGCCAAGAGGCAGCAACAAUAGACUUAACGAGGCCACAGCAACAAGGGCUAAUGCUAACAGGGUGUUUGAUUCACAGAACAACAACAGAGGGGGUUACAACGUGGGAGAUGUGGAUAAAGACAAAUCAGGAAACAAUGAAGGAAACCAGUAUAGAAUGCAAUAUUUCCAAAGUGGGUCAGCUACCCCAAAUGUGAAAGACAAAACUUACCUGACCGUAGAAUGGACCAAUCAGCAUGGAUGUGGGGGGAGUGAGAAUACAAACCCCCAGAAACACAACUGUCACAUGGUGCUCCAGUACAUGUGUCAGGAUGAUGUGUCAUCACCUGUAGGUACAGCAGACACUUUAAGAAAUGGUGUCUCAACUCAAACUCCGAAUCACAACAGGGCUGGUAGUUUAAAUGAGAACAAAAACACGGCCCAGAACAGAAAGAAUAACAAUAUUAAUACGGAGAGGGUGCUGCAGGAAUCCUGGGAUUGGUACGACAAGUGUUACAUGAGAGAGAGAAACAAAGGACUGUUUAAUGCUGACCAGAAGCUAAAGUCAAACAAUGGGCUGGGAUUUAGUAGUGCCAUCUACACUCGUCAGAAUCCCAAUGGGAAUCGCUAUGGUUACGAGUGCCCAGAGGAACGUGAUCACUUCCCCUAUUGGCAUCCCACCCCCAGGACUGAUGUUGCCAUCCUAACAGAUAAUACAUCUCUUUGUAGUUUCUUUGAGGAGGGAAGUUUUAACAGGAAGGCUUACGGAGAGUGUAUAGAAGAGUACGGUGAUGGUAGUCGUAAACACUGGUCUCGCUGGAACAACAGACAAGAAUGUACAGAAAAUGGUGGACAGUGGGUGGAGCUUAGCAGCUAUAUUGAAAAAGCUACACAAUUCACCUCUGAAGGUCAGUGCACAUCUCAGGCGGCGCAGGGAAACAGGUACGUCUGGGCAGUGCCAUACGAUGCCACUGACGUCACCAAGAAAGAGUGUCUAGUUCAGGCGCCACCAAUAGACUGUCAACAGGCAGACUGGUCAAGAUCAAAUCAUCUUGGAAAUGGUAUAAAUGGAGAGGCCAAUCGCUAUCAAUGGGCUCUGCCAUAUUUCCCAUCCAACAAAGACAAGAGAUGUGUGUUUAGGAUGAGGUACAACAUUUCCACAGAUGACUAUGCCCCUUAUUCCACUGAUAGCUCUAGGAAUUUAAAUAAUGGAAUAGAGGGUAUUACCUCCCCUAUCGAGGACAACCCAUAUGUUGAUGUUGGAGGUAGAUCUGCCCUUCGGUUGAACAUCAACACCGACCAGACAGGGCGUAUAUUCCAGGACCGCAGUCACCUCUUUAAGCUCCUCACCAGACCAUCCUCCAUCCAAUCAGAUAACAUCUUCAACAUAAAUGUCCGAGGAAAGCGCGGAAACAUAGUGCAGACAUACCCAGCUGUGGAGUACGAUUUUAUCCCUAAUAAUCUACAGUUGUCAGAAUCAGACUCCGUACAUAUACAGUGGACAGGAUCAAAUUCACAUAACAAUGGUGGGGGUGGAGGUGAUGGACAGGCUGGGGAUGAGGGUCAAGGCACUGGAGGCACUGACAGAAGCAAUAUUGUACAGAUUGCUGAUCUGAAUGAUAAUUUUCCGAUGCCUUUUGAAAAGACCAAUAUGUGGACAAAUGCUAACAUUCGCUGGAUUUACCAUGGUAAAACUGAUGUCUCCCCAGAAAAUUUAGCUGUUUCCAUGGCAUCUGCUGGCUAUUACAGAUGCAUAAAGAAACAAGACUGCCCUGAGGCAGCACACAAUGACUACAUCGUGGAAACCAAAACCAAAAUGAACGAUUUACUCAACAAUGCCCCCGCCUCGUUCACAGGUGCAGUCCUGAGGUUUAAAAAGGGAACCUAUCAUUAUAUGUCAACGAGAAAUAACAACUUCUCCAACAGAAGUCAGAAAUCAACACUGACUGUUGUAUAAGCUUUAAUAAUUGUUAAUUAUUAAUUAAUUACCAAAUGAGAUUAUUUAUUACAAUGAAUUGCCAAUAUAGCCAUAUCAAAUGUGUGCUCAAGCAGCUCAUGAUAUUUUUACCUUUUCUGUUUUUUACAUUUCCUUAUAGCUCAGGACAUUUGUCUUGCAUUCCAAUUUUUAUCUUCAAAAAUCAAAAUCAAAUUUUCGUAACUGAGAAAUAUUGUCUCAUAUUGUUUUGAGUUUAUAUAUGAGGGCACUAUGUCUUGUUUUAUAUCUGUAUAUUAGAUAGAAAACUAUUGGAGAUUAUAUUCAUUCUGCUCACUCGAUAAAUAUAGGCAAAAGAUAUUAACCCCCCUCCUCCCCCCAAAAAUGAUAUUAAAAAAGAAAUUAUACAGAUUUCAUCAAUUUUUAUUUAUUUGAUUCUGAUAUGUGUUCAUUUGUAUGUUUGUACUAUACAUGAUUUAGAGUAAAGUGAUUACGUAUCCAUCAGUACCCAUUUUUCACAUCUGUUUGAAAUUUUCAAGAUCAUCGAAGAUCAAAUUCAUCCUCAAAGUACGAGUCCAUUGACCAAAGACAUUUUUACAAUUGAACUUACUAGUUACUGUAAUUAAAUCAUUAAUGCAUCUGACAUUUGUAAAUCAGUGACUUCACUUUGUUCAUAAUAAUUAUUUGUUCUUUGUUUAAUUACUUUAUCAAUUGUAUAUAACCCCAUAUGGCUCUACAAAGACUAAGUGCUGUGUUACAUGUAUAACCUGCAGGAUCAGGAAUAUGUUAUUGUAAAUUAUUGCAAUAUUUGAUACAGAAAAUCUU